GCAACUAUCAGUAGCUACCGUUGUGCCUCCUCGCCCUUCUCUGGAAGAAUUCCCAGAAGAAGAAGGAGAUGAAGAGUUAGACCUUGAACAUGAGAGAGAAACGGUUUCAGAAAAUCAGUUGUACCCUGUCUGGAACAUUUUAGCAAAAGAGAAGGAAAACAGAUAUAAGCUAUUUCAGAACUCUUUUAGGGACAGGAAGAAACUGGGAGAUGUCCUGCUUCCUCUCUGGCUCCUACUGGAGAUAUCCAUAGUUCUGCAGAAGAAGAAAAGCAUGACUGAGGGAAAUGAGAGCACUGUGUCUGAGUUCAUCCUCCUGGGGCUCCCCAUUCAAGCAGAGGACCAAGACCUGUACUCUGCCUUGUUCCUGGCCAUGUACCUGACAACUGUUCUGGGGAACCUGCUCAUCAUCCUGCUCAUCAGGCUGGACUCUCACCUCCACACCCCCAUGUACUUCUUCCUCAGUCACUUGGCCUUCACAGACAUUUCUUUCUCAUCAGCCACAGCUCCAAAAAUGCUUGUGAAUAUGCUGACACACAGUCAGUCCAUCUCAUAUUCUGGGUGUGUUUCCCAGGUGUAUUUUUUCUUAUUUUUUGCUGAUCUUGACAACUUCCUUCUGACCUCCAUGGCCUAUGACAGGUAUGUGGCCAUCUGCUACCCUCUACACUAUACCACAAUGAUGAGUCAGAACCUCUGUGUUCUUCUAGUAGUUGUGUCCUGGACCUUAUCCACUGCCAAUGCCCUUGUGCACACCCUUCUCUUGGCUCGCCUAACUCACUUUAGAGGCAAUACCAUCCCCCACUAUUUCUGUGACCUGUCUACCUUGCUGAAGCUGUCCAGCUCAGACACCACCACCAACAAGCUGGUCAUACUUCUUUUAGGUAAUGUGAUCAUUACCCUGCCAUUUAUAUGCAUACUGGUCUCUUAUGGCCUCAUAGCUGUCACCAUUCUGAAAAUUCCCUCUAUCAAGGGAAUCUGCAAAGCCUUGUCCACAUGUGGCUCUCACCUCUGUGUGGUUUCCUUGUACUAUGGAGCCAUCAUUGGACUAUAUUUUGUUCCCUCAUCUAAUAACACUAAUGAACAGGAUGCCAUUGUGGCUGUGAUGUACAAUGUGGUCACACCCAUGCUGAAUCCCUUUAUUUAUAGUCUGAGGAAUCAGGAUAUGAAAGGAGCACUGAGAAAUAUCCUCAGCAGGAGACUAUGUUUACAGUGAAGGACAUGGUCUUCAUUGUUAGCAUUCCUACUUCCUAAUCCUUUUCUCCAUUCAUCUUUUGUUCUGAUGGGAAAUUUUCAUGUGGUUCUCUUUCCUCCACUCAGUUAUCCGUGCACAGUUUUGUUCUCUAACUCUCUUGCUUCAGCAUCUUGAUAGGAUUUCCUACAAAUAUCUACAUAUUUUUCUUUGUUUUGCUAAUAUUCUAAUUGUUAAUUUAUUAAUCACUACAUCUUUUUAUUAGACAGGUUUGUAGCUUUUGUACCAAAGAUCUUUUCCUCUCUGAAGAUGAAAAGAUAUUUUUCUUGUAGAUUUACAAUUUUGCUUUUUACACUUUAUCUUAUCAGAUAUCAAAUAAAAGAUGUAAUCUUAUCCUUUCAGAUAAAAUACUCUGAUUAUUUGGCAGUAACUCAAAUAGCAUUUAUUUGUUUAUUUUUAUUUUUCAUGCAUAUUUGUUUUCCUCACACGUAUGCCUGCACACCAUGUUUGUGCAUACUGCCAGCAAAGAUCAGAAGCUGGUAUCAGAUCCCUUAAAUAUAGGCUUACAGAUGUCUGUAAGCUACCUUAGGUGUGCUGGUUAAUCAAACCUGGUUUUCCUGGGAGCCAGUCAGUGCUCUUAUUAACUGAGCCAUCUUUUCUUCCCCCUACAUUUAAGGUUUAGUUAACACCCAAAAUUAGCUUAUAUUGAUGACAUGUGUAUUGUUUACAUGCAUGAAGAUAGUAUAUAAUAUCCAAAUAAAAGAAAGUAUACUAGUUUUUUUCAAAUAUUUACCAGGUCUUAGUAUGAAAUUCUUUACUCUAGCAUUUGGGGUAAUAUGUAGUAUUAUUUAUAAUAACUACACAGUGAAAGAAAUUUAAACACUUAUUUUUCCUACCUAGCUAUGAUUUGGUACCCAGUGACCAACCUAUGUCCAUCUUUCCUUCCAAUUUUAUCUGUAAUCUUAUCCAUUUUUCUCAAAUAUUUUACUUGUGGUGAUAACCAGGUACUCAGUUCAUUGUGGUUUUUGACAACUACCUGGCCUUGUUCAAUAACUAAAAUGAAACUGUUCACUUUAAAUGAUAAAAAACAAGGGUAAUGGACAAAUCCCAUGUGGAGCGUGAAGUUCCAGAGCAUCAACUGAGAUAGUACACCUAAUGUCAGGACUUUGGCAUUAGGCUCCAGGGGGCGCUGUGUUUAUGUGCAAUUUUUGCAUGCCAAGAAGAAAGCUCUAUUUUUCUGAGUUGAUGAUGAAGGAUAGUUAGUAGAUAUCAGGAAGUCUGAUAAUCUUCAAUUGAGUUCAAGCAGACCUGUAGAGCACUUUAGUUGAAAUAUAUUUUAUUAUAAAAAGAAGAAAGAAAUCUCCUUGUUUAGCAACAAAUAUGUCAUAUCCCCUCGAAUGCAUUUUGCUUUGCUCCCUGAGAAUAAUUUUCUGCCCAAGCAGAGGGACUUAAUUUAGUUGAUAGUAAGUGGCAAUUCAACAGAUAUCUCUAUAAAUUAGCACAGGAGUGUUGCAUGGCUAGUUAAAUGCUGUUUAACAAGCACUCAAUGGCACUUAAGCUACUGUGAGAAUAUGCAUGUGUGCAAUUGUGUUAAAUUGUGCUAAUUAUUAUUUUUAAAACAAACAAUAUUUUAUACACCUAUUGGUCAUUUUAUUCGGUUAUUACACAGCUUUAGAAAUAAUAUACAAACAGAUAAGUGAUGUAAGCUAUACAAAAUGUAGAUAUUUGUACUCUAUUGUAAAUCAAUGUGUUUGCAUUCAUAUAUCUAUAACAGUUUAAUAACAAUAUUUAGCAAAAUACACAUUAAUUCCUAGACUUGUAUAGUAGAAAACUGACAGUGUUUUGAUGCUCUUUUGAUCUCUCCUCAGUUGUAUCUUAUUAUCUCUUGAAGCUAACCAGUUUUUAAAAAUAUUUUCAAUAUUUUUCUUAAAUAUUUAACAGUUCUGCACAGAUUACUUAAAUUUACCUUCUCCAGAGUCUUGUUUUGUUUUUAAAAGAGAAAUGUCUAUACUUAUUUUUCUUACAUUUUCCAUUUUGUGUACCAUUGUCUCUGAAAACCUACUCUCUAGAGUUUUAACUUGGUUGGAAUGAUAACCUUAUCCUUCCAUUAAAUAUGUAGUGGUUUGAGUUAUAAUGGCCCUUUAUAGGUUCAUAUAUUUGAAUCUUUGGUCCUUAGUUGGUGGACCUCUUUAGAAAGAAUUAGUUGACGUCGACUUAUUGAAGGAUAUCUGUCACUAGGGUUGAGUUUUUAGAUUUAAAAAGCCCACAUGAUUCCAAGUGUUGAUCUUUGUCUCUUCCCUGUGAAUCAGAUACAUAAGCUCUCAGCUUCUCCAGUUACUAUAUCUUUCUGCCUCCCUGAUAUAUAACAUAAUGGCCACGGAGUUUAAAUAUCUUAAACUGUA